UCACGCGUGUGUUGUCAGUUGUCUUGGUUUUAUGAUAUAUUUGCAAAAAUAUGGGUUAAUAUUUUACGUUUUUUGUGUGUUUUGAGAUGAUUAAUGACGCAGAGAGAAGAGAAUGAUGUAGAGAGAUGAUUCUGUUGUUGUGAAUGCAUAACUUGUGUUAACAUUGACUCAGGGGUAUAAUGGAGGCAGAUGUUUGCAUUGAUCAUCUUCCAGUGUCAACAUCAUCCAAUGAAAGUGUUAACAUCCGAGAAUUUGAGGAUGCGAUUGUCAACCCUGAUCCUGUCAUUAGAAAUGAAGAUACUGAACAACUCAUGGAGGACUUUUUAUCACCACAAAAACUGAAAAAUCUGACUGGAAUUCAAGAUUUACAUGAAGUUGUUUUUCUUGAAAUGAUAGUGAAUACUUUGCAGAACAGUUUAGGGAAUUUUGGCAGUAUGGUUCAAAACCUGAAGCAGCUGAAACUAACAAACAGCAUCAUUUCAUCUGUCAGAGAUCUGGGCACAAGUCUCACGAACCUUCAAACAUUAUGGAUGGCAAAAUGUGGUCUGGCUGAACUUGAUGGUAUUAGUUCUUUAUGUUCAAUCCAAGAACUAUAUCUUGCCUACAACGACAUAACUGAAGUCAGUCCACUGACAAUGUUGGAUAAUCUUCAGGUCUUGGAUCUUGAGGGGAAUUUGGUAGAAGAUAUAGCUCAAGUGGAGUUUUUAGUUUUAUGUCCUGAAUUAAAACGUUUGACAUUAGAAGGAAAUCCUGUUUGUAUGAAACCACGACCAGACUCUUCACCACUGACGCAGCUCGACUACAAUUACCGGGUGGAGGUGCACAAAGCUCUACCAAAACUGACGUUUUUGGAUGAUGAACCAUUUCUCUUUGAUCUUGUUGAUGGAACUAAAGUAUUGAAGCUCACUCCUUCUCAACAACAUGACGUCAGCUUGAGAGAGAAACUGAAGUCUGACUGGGAACUAGUCACUGAAAGAAUCAAAGCAUUUGAUGUUGAUGAAACUAUAACAGAGUCGAAAAAGCCAGGAAAUGAACGACCCUCAACUUCUCAUAGAAUCAGACAACGACCAUCGUCAGCCAGACCAGGUUCUUCACGACAACGACCAGGGACAUCCUCUGGCGAGAGACCUGGUUCAGGUGGAGUCACUCGACCAUCAACUGCAGCAAUAGGUGAACCUACUUCUUAUGAAGAAGAUGAUAGCAGUGAUCUAACUCACGGUUCGGCUGCUGUUAUCUGUGGUAAUCCAUCUCGAGCAUUGAAAAGCCGCCGGAAGAACAUGAGUCAUGAGGUGAAUAUUUUACAAUUAUCGUCGAUUGAUGAAGAAAAUCAUGAUGGUGAUAAGUCUCAACGAGAUCUCUUUGAAGAGUUAAAAACAUGGAGAAACGAAUACGCCAGAAUACUCGACAGUCGCCCGCAGUCUACUACACAGGGAAAUGGCGAAGACGAUACUGAUGGACAGCCCCAGAAGUUGUAUAACAAUCACCCUGCACCUGCCCCAUCCAAUCUAUCACCCACUCCCCCACAAUACCCAGUGUCCUCCCCUCUAUCUAAUGGCCCCACACGACGUAGGAUCUCCCCCUUCAUUCGUGCAUCCCACCCUCUACCCUCACCUCCAGAGGAUUGUGAACGGCCGAGAACAGCACCUAGUUUUCCACAGCGACAGAAAUCCUCGAGAUCUCAGUUCAGAACGAGAAAUAUCUCUGGAGAAAUAAGAGAAUCUCAAGACGUUCAUUCAUCAGAACCAAGAGCAAACUCUGCUCCUGUCAACUCCUCGGCUCCACAAAGAUCGUCAUCUUCGACACACGACGCGUCUGGUGAUCUUCGUGACAAUCCUGUAAUCUCUGCAUCAAGAGAGUUAGAGCGACCAAGAGUUGAUCGUAGAACCAGAGUAAGACCUUCAACAGCGCGACCUGCGGCUGUCAGGAAACAAAAUUUGCAGUAGGAAGUUACAUCACGUUGAGAUUAACGCAGAAGAGCGGCGCUUCGUUAUGUGUAAUAGAUGGAUAUACCAAUGAAAGAAUGGAUACGAUGAUUUCAGCUGUAUAGACCAACUAGGGCAAGAAGAACAAAAUCCAACACCAUUGCUCAAAACUGCGUGUUAGAAUGGUUCAAAAGUAUCAUAAAGUGUUCACAAUCUGCGAAGUUUUUAACUUUACUCCACGUGUGCUUAGAAAAGCACUUGCGUUAGGUUUUUUCCCACGUGAUACAAGAAAGUGAUGAGAAAAUUGAAAUCUGAGACGGUAUUGCACGUAGAAACCGUCCUAACCAGGUUUACCAGGGUAAUAAAGGUGUUACUAAAUAAUUUUUCGUUUCUUUUCACGAACGAAAGUCGUAAAUCACCAAACAAGAUUACGUCAACCCAUUCAGCAAGGUCAGAAGGUAGAAUUAUACAAAAUGUGUUGGAUUCUAUUCUUCGUCUCCCGAGCAACAAUUUUGUUUAUUUAUCCAUUUCAUGUGGCAGACAAACUGUACUGAAAAUUUAACCUUAUAAUACGCCAGCAGCAAUAUACAUCUCAAGUAUUCCUACACCAAGCAUUUAAGAUGUGUUCAUUUUUUAGUUCUUUUCGACGGAGCAUUACUGCGGCUUAGACUUAAAAUGUAAAAAGACUGAAGUUGUGUAUUAUUUAUAUUGGUUGUAUAAUAUACUGUACUUUUCAUUCUGACUUAGA